AUGUUCAUGUUGGUGUUCUACAUAGGCACCAUUGUGCUAGAGAAAUCACGUAACGUUGUCCGGUCUUUCCCCAUGUUUGUCUACUGGUCCCUGGCAUCGUUCUGUUUGCUUGUGAAAAUCUUUGAAAAGGGAAUGAGCGGAGAAUAUACAAAUGAAACAUUCAACUUUAGCGUGGUUGUACUGCGUUACGUGGCGACAACAGCGCUGUUUGUGGUCACGUGUUUUGCUGAGUACCAUGGGGUCAAAGACAAGUCACAUAACCCUGAGACAUCGGCUGCUGUUUUAUCCUGGAUCUCCUUCACAUGGCUGGAACCCCUGAUGCGUCUGGGAUACAAGCGUCCAUUACAAGACGAUGACACGUACCAUCUGACGCCAAACGACACAUCAGCAAAAGUAACAGAUGCGCUCAUUAAAAAUUCCAUAAUUACAACCCACAGUUCACCGAGAAGAAAAUGGUUGCGUCUGAAACCCUUGCAGUGGAUAAGAGCUAAGCCAAGCUGCAAUGAACAAAAAACACAACUUUUGGACGCCAACAACUGUGAAGACACAGAGAGACGAUCCUACGACGCCGUCGAUAGUUAUGCUAGCAAUGAAACAAAGAAACCAAAACAAAGAUCGUUCUUCAUGUCUCUGUUUUUAACCUUCAGAUGGGAGUUUUUAUAUUGCAAUAUUGGGAUGCUGGUAUACGUGGCUAUUCAUUUAUUUUUCCCCAUCAUCCUAGGUUGGUUGAUAGACUACAGUGUAAAUACAACAGAGCCACACUGGCAUGGUUAUGUCCUCAUGAUGCUGCUUUUAGCAUCUAAGAUGUUGAUCUCAGUUUUUAGAGAAUCGUGCGAGUACCUAAGUAACAGACUUGCUAUUCGAGUUCGUAGUGCUGCUAUUGGCGCCAUAUUUCGAAAGGUGUUUUUAUCAUAUUAA